CAAUUCACGGGAUUAUGCCUGAGGGAUGUUUGUCCCUGGAUUGAGACAAAAGCCAAAGUCUAGCUUGUGAACCCUGGCAAAGAUGAAGAAGUUGGGCACAGAUGAGGCAGAAAUUCCUAAUGAGCCCCUGGAAGAAGCCCCCCAAUCAGAGACCUGUCUGGGCACCCCUGACAAUGCCCCGGGCCCUAAGCCCCUGCCAGCCAAGAGCCACGUCUUCUGCACAGCUCGGAGCCGGAGCCGCCUCUUGGGCAGGGGUAAUUCAGAGGAAUCUUCUGCGAUGGACUCUUGCUAUCAGGAAGGGGAGCCGGCUCCGUGCCCCAUCAUCAAGUUCAGCCCCAUGCCGGACAAGUCAAGAUGGAAUGAUCAGCUGGUCCAGCAACUGUCUCAGGAUUCCAUUCCCACCAGCUGCGAGAAGUCCCUCCAACUCUACGACCGCAGGAAGAUCUUUGAGGCUGUGGCCCAGGGCAGCUGCGAGGCACUCAGUGACCUGUUGGCCUAUCUCCAGAGGAGCCUGAAGAAACUCACGGACAGUGAAUUCAAAGACCCAGAAACAGGGAAGACUUGCCUGCUCAAGGCCAUGCUGAACCUACGGAACGGCAAGAACGAGACCAUCCCCCUGCUGCUGGACAUUGCCAGGCAGACAGGCGACCUGAAGGACUUUGUGAAUGCCAGCUACACAGACAACUACUACAAGGGCCAGACGGCUCUCCAUAUCGCCAUCGAGAGACGGAACAUGGCCCUGGUGACCCUCCUGGUGGAAAACGGCGCCGAUGUCCACGCUGCGGCCCACGGAGACUUCUUUAAGAAAGCCAAAGGAAGACCUGGCUUUUAUUUUGGCGAGCUGCCCCUCUCGCUGGCAGCCUGUACCAACCAGCUGGGCAUCGUGCAGUACCUGCUGCAGAAUCCCCACCAGCCGGCCGACAUGGAGGCCAAGGACUCCGUGGGUAACACGAUCCUCCAUGCCCUGGUGGAGGUGGCUGACAACACCGCUGAGAACACCAAGUUUGUGACCAGCAUGUACAACGACAUCCUGAUUCUCGGAGCCAAGAGUCGUCCCACCCUAAAGCUGGAGGAGACCACCAACAAGAAGGGGCUCACUCCGCUAGCACUAGCCGCCAAGAGCGGGAAGAUUGGGGUCCUGGCCUAUAUUCUCCGUAGAGAAAUCCAGGAGCCUGAGUGCAGGCACCUCUCCAGGAAGUUUACUGAGUGGGCCUAUGGGCCAGUGCAUUCAUCCCUCUAUGAUCUGUCCUGCAUUGACACCUGUGAGAAGAACUCUGUGCUGGAAGUGAUUGCUUACAGUAGCAGUGAGACCCCAAACCGCCAUGACAUGCUGCUAGUGGAGCCCCUGAACAGGCUCCUACAGGACAAGUGGGACCGAUUUGUGAAGCGCAUCUUCUACUUCAAUUUCUUUGUCUAUUCCGUGUACAUGGUCAUCUUUACCUGUGCUGCCUACUACCGGCCUGUGGGUGGCUUGCCUCCUUUUAAAUUUGACUACACCACUGGUGCCUAUUUCCGAGUCACGGGAGAACUGCUGUCAGUUCUCGGGGGAAUCUAUUUCUUUUUCCGAGGGAUCCAGUACUUCCUACACCGGAGGCCUUCCCUUAAGACGCUCUUUGUGGACAGCUACAGUGAGGUGCUCUUCUUUGUCCAGUCCAUGUUUCUCCUGAUCUCCGUGGCACUGUACUUUAGCCAUUGCAAGGAAUAUGUGGCCUCCAUGGUUUUCUCUCUGGCAAUGGGCUGGACCAACAUGCUGUACUAUACCCGAGGCUUUCAGCAGAUGGGGAUCUACUCAGUCAUGAUUGAAAAGAUGAUCUUGAGAGACCUGUGCCGCUUUAUGUUUGUCUAUAUGGUCUUCCUGUUUGGAUUUUCCACAGCGGUGGUGACGCUGAUUGAGGACGGACAGAACAACACAGAUGCCUCCUGUUACGGGGGGCGUCGCUCCCCCAACUGCAAGCCGUGUGCCAACUCCUACAACAGCUUGUACUCCACGUGCCUGGAGCUCUUCAAGUUCACCAUUGGCAUGGGCGACCUGGAGUUCACCGAGAACUAUGACUUCAAGGCUGUUUUCAUCAUCCUCCUGCUUGCUUAUGUCAUCCUGACCUACAUCCUGCUGCUCAACAUGCUUAUUGCCCUGAUGGGAGAGACUGUCAACAAGAUCGCCCAGGAGAGCAAGAACAUCUGGAAGCUCCAGAGAGCCAUCACCAUCCUGGACACUGAGAAGAGCUUUCUGAACUGCAUGAGGAAGGCCUUCCGGUCAGGGAAGCUAGUGCAAGUGGGCUACACACCUGAUGGGAGGGAGGACUACCGGUGGUGCUUUCGAGUUGAUGAGAUCAAUUGGACCACUUGGAACACCAACCUGGGCAUCAUCAAUGAGGACCCUGGAAACUGUGAGGGGAUCAAGCGCACCUUGAGUUUUAAUUUACGGUCCAGCCGAGUUUCAGGGAAGCAUUGGAAGAAUUUUCCUCUGGGUCCACUUUUGAGAGAUGGGACCACCAGAGACCGGCGCUCCAACCCCCCUGAAGAAGUGCGGCUGAGGCCCUUCUCAGGGUCUCUUAGGCCUGAAGACGCUGAAGUGUUUAAGGAGCCCCCUGCCUUUGGGCUCUGAGCUACCCGGAGGCAGGCCUCAUUCAGCCCCUGCUGUCCCAUGUCUGUCUGCUUAGCUGAGCCCAGGACAGCCAGGGAUUCUUCAGGCCCC